UGCCAGCUGACGCUGGACCCCAGCACAGCAUACAGACUCCUGUCUCUGUCAGAGGGGAACAGGAAGGUGACAUGGGGGGCAGACUGGCCGCUAUAUCCUGAUCAUCCAGAGAGAUUUGACUGCCGCCCUCAAGUUCUGUGCAGAGAAAGUCUGACUGGUCGCUGUUACUGGGAGGCUGAGUGGAGUGGAGUUCAAGCCUGGAUAGGAGUGACUUAUAAGGGAAUCAGGAGGAAAGGAGACAGUGAUGACUGUGUGCUUGGAGCCACUGACAAGUCAUGGAUGCUGAGCUGCUCUCCUGACAGUUACUCUGUCUAUCACAAUUAUAAACAGACUCUCAUACCCAUAAAGCCCUCAGGCUCCCGCAGAGUAGGAGUGUAUCUGGACCGGGCGGCUGGUACUCUGUCCUUCUACAGAGUCUCCUCUGAUGGACUGACCCUCCUGUACAGCUUCACCUCCUCAUUCACUGAACCCCUCUAUCCAGGGUUUUAUGUUUAUAACUCCUCCGUAUCCCUGUGCACGCUGGGAUAGCUCGCUGUGUGCUGGAGGAAUCAUUUUUACCUUAUCAGAGUGUCACAUGUCGCUGCUUCUCCAUGGCAAAAAGGUAAAAUCUCUGCUUUUUAACCAGUAUAACCCUUUUUACUCUGUCUCAAGUGUGACGUGUCAGACAAAAAUAAAUGAAUGUUUGUUCAGUUGCCAAACUCGUGCAAAAUGACUUCUGUUCUAUGUUGUCUGUGAAUGCACAAAAACUGCCAAAACAAAUUCAUAGUACAUGCAGUUGUACCAAUAAAGUGAAUUCUGAUUCUGAAUAAAAUAAAAUGUAAUGAAAUGUAAUCCUGAUGAGUGGGGGGACUUUUCCCCUCCCCUGUAUAUGUACAAUUUAUAUAUUUCUGUCUAUAUAUUGUAUUUACUACCUGUACACUGACAAUAAAGGCUUCCUAUUCUGUCCUAUUAAUGUCCCGGUUCAGCGCUGCCCAAAGCGUAACUGAGUAACACACUUAAUCCGCGUCUCUGGUCGCAGCAGCCUGAUAUCGCAGCGGCGAUGCUUUGGCCAGCAGGGGGCGGCAGACGGCAGACAUUUUAUUAAUUCAAAACCUACAGCGGUCCUCAGGUAACUGAGUAAAGACAAAUAAUAUAAUCAAAUUAAUCAUAUGUUAACUAAGUAAAGAUAAAUGACAUUAAAUCUUAAUAAAGUAGUACUACAACAAAAAUUUUGUGAUGUUGCAAAAAAACACCUGAUCAUCAAUGAUGCCGUGUAGUAGGUGAUUACCAAUUACCAGA